AUGUCGCUCCUGCUGUGUCAGCUGAUGCUGGCUCUUGUGGCGGCGCUGGCCUGCCGCUGCUGGAGCCGGCAGCUGGUCAGCCCGCCCCCUGACUGCAUUACCGACAUCGCCCGCCGACUCGGCUGGCAGACCAUCAACCUCAAGUAUGAAGCCAACUACCCAGAAUUUAACCCCAUGUGGUGGGUUUCGUACCUUUCCCGGAACUCCUUCUUCGUGCACCCAUCUACAUUCUGCGAGCACUGUAAUCAAGCGCAGGGCUUGCCGCCCUUCAGCAACGGAGGUCUGCUCUUCCGACCAACGCCACCCGGCUUCAUAAAUAUCAAUCGCAUGCACCUGAUACACGUGGUGGGCGACCCGGCCUGGCGUCCUCACGACGGCGCGGCCGGCUGGGUCAGCUGGCUGUACCGGGACGACAGCGAGCACUGGCGGCUGGUCACCCUCAACUGGGGACCCGACACCGGCAACUGGGUCCGCAAGGACGUCGGCCGCUGCGGCCCGCGCCACUUCAUCGAGGACCGGCCCGGCCUGCUGACGUACGCCAUUCACGUCGGCGACUGGCUGCUGCGCGGAGCCAUGAGGGGACAACACUUGAAGAUGGGGUUCGGCGCGGUGCCGCCUUCCAACGAAGGAGGAGUGGUGAGGUCCGUCGGCUACGAGGAUGGGAUCGUGCUGCGAGACGGCCAGCUACAGCACGGCCCGCAGGCGGACAUCAUCCAGACAAUGUCCAACUCGCUCGGAUUCAGCUUCACCGUCAUGCCCGUCUUCCCGAAGGGAAACACGUCCGCGUGGAAGGAGCUGGUCAACGAGGUGUCUCGCUAUCGGUUGGACAUCGGCCUCGGCCUGAUGGCGCCGACGCCUCAGCUGCGCGAAAGGGUAUCGUUCCUCGAAGCGCAGCGGUACGUCACCACGUACGCGACAGUGCGCAAGCCGCGGCUCAACAGCGCUGGUUUCGACCCGGGCAAGCCGUUCGGCAUGGACGUGUGGACGCUCAUUGUCGCCACGCUGGUCAUCUCCAGCAUCCUGUCGUGGAUCAUCACUUGGCUCGUUCGUCGCUUUCGAGAUGGCCACUCAACGACACCUUGGAAAUCGCUCCCGGAUGUCAGUUCUCACGUGCUUCAGGUUGCAGGCAUUCUUUGCCAGCGAGGCGUCGAGCUCACGACCAACUCCUACGCCAUCGGCACUCUGUUUCUGACGUUAAGUAUGUUUUCGCUCCUCAUCUACAACUUUUACACGGGUGUCAUGCUGAGCUACAUGGCCGUUCUAGUACCCGCGUCGCCCUUCUCGAGUCUCUCUGCUGCUACUUCCAACGGUUAUCGAGUUCGUUACCAAGCCGGCUCGCAGCAAGAAGACCUGCUGCGCUCAAACUCUACCGCCCUUCUGCGGGAUUUUCUGGCGCACAGCAGCCCCAUCGUUCACUUCGGCCCAGAGGAGGACUACCCGGCUGUUGCGGAGGCGGCCACUUCGCCCAACGACAUCAUUCUAGCAUCGGACGCCUUUCUGGCCAUGGACGAAUCGAUGGCAGACCCUGCUUUCUGUCCCCUCUGCUAUUGGCCGGAGCCGGUGGCGCAAACUCCUGUAAGCAUGAUCGCCACUCCAUACCUACACAACUCAUGGAUGCUGGGCCGCUACCUGCGAGUCCUACAGGAAACAGGCGUGCUGAACCGGUGGCGGCGCCGGCUGAGGCGCUCCUAUCUGGCCGGCUCUCGGCUGUGCUCCACGGAGCCGCAGGCGGCGCAGUACUCGCAGCUGGGGCUUCGGUCGGUGGCUGUCAGCUUCGGUCUGCUGCUGGGCGGUGUGCUGCUCUCGCUGCUGCUGCUCGUGGCCGAGGUGCUCGUGCACCGACUGACGGGUGGCAGCUCCCGCCGGCGACAGCUGGCGCUCACCGGGCCGCACCAGACGACCUUCAGCAGCACGAGACCGGGGCUUCUGGAGGCAGCGCCGACUCCCGGCGACGCUCGGCGAUGGGGCGCGACAAACGGUCACCCUGAUCAGUGGCACCAGAUGCAGGAUGAACAACAGCUGCUGCAGCAGUACUCGCCCGAUCAAUGGUCGAGCGCCAGAGGGCAGCCGCUGGCUCAUCAGUGGCAGCCGGUCACAUCAGAAACCGAGUCGGUUACUUGGCAGCUGACCUGGACAGCAACAAGGGCGACGGCAUCGGACAGUCCGGAGGGAGGCAGCGGCGGAUUCAUGCCGAGCCACGGCAGCACGACGACCGGGUCAUAAAGUCAUCAAGGCUGGCGCCGGCACACAGAUAUAUAGCUCCCUAUACAUCCCGCGACUGAAAAGCAGAAGCAUAGACCUAUGUAUACCGCACACAGUAUACAGAUUACAGAGGAAUACAGGGGUCUACGGCAGAAGCCAUCAUUUAACCCUAAUCAAUGUAAAGAAGGCAUUCAUGUUGAAAGCUGCUCAGGUUUACAGUUAGGCACUGCAGCUUUCAUAGACAAUAUUUUUCUUGUAAACUCUUUGUAAAGAACCGUGUCUAGUUAAUAGGUGAUCGCUUGCUUGUUCCAUGAGCGUUAUGCCACAAGUUUAGUACGCAGUAUAGUGCAGUGCAUACACUACUUAGCACAUACGUACUUAACGUCGUUAUCUGCAGCCUUUUCUUAUAAAAACAGGCAGAUAUUGCACAGAUGAUCAAUGGACUCUCGGGAGACGUGUUGUCCCAAUGAUGGUAGAAAAUGUUUUUCAUGUGCUUCGAAGAUGGUAAAUAUGCUACGAUGUUUAGAAAUUGCAAUGCAUAUUGACAAAUCAGCACAACUGCACAUUAUAGGCAUGCGACUGGCUGGUGUUGUCUCAA